GCAGGCAACUGAGCUGUAUUAAUCUGGCAAGAAGCCUAGAAAGCUCAACACACCUUCCUAUUACUCUACAUAUCUUAUGUCUUUCAUCCAAAAAGAACCAACUUCUAAUCAGAUAAGUAAUUAACCACCUCAAGGACCAAGCUGAAUCAUGUUCCGGCUGCUGACCUCUUGCUGGUCUCGGCUAAAGACAACUGAAGAGACACGAAGGAAUGUGACCAUCAUUAUCAUUGGAUUGGACAACUCAGGCAAAACUGUUCUUGUGGAGGCUUUCCAAAGAUUACUUCCCAGUAGAAUGGACAAUUGUAUGAAACCUGAACUGAUUACACUCUUGCUGGAUGAGUAUGAAGUUUCCAUCUAUGACCUGAAUGGAGACAUGAAGGGCCGAGAAAUCUGGCCAAACUACUAUGCACAGGCACAUGGACUUGUUUUUGUCCUGGAUUCCAGUGACUUAGGCCGCAUGCAAGAAGUGAAGAUCAUCUUGACACAUCUGCUGGCUGAUAAAAGAGUGGCAGGGAAACCUCUCCUACUCCUGGCAAACAAACAAGACAAGAAGGAUGCCCUCCUACCUUGUGAUAUUAUUGAAUAUCUACUCCUAGAAAGGCUAGUGAAUGAGAACAAGUCCCUGUGCCGAGUGGAACCCUGUUCAGCCAUCAAAAACGUACAAAGAAGGAACCAUCAGCCCAUAAUUGAAGGGCUGCGCUGGCUAUUAGCUGCCAUUGGGGAUAAGUAUGAUGAGCUGUGUACUCGUCAACAGGCACUCACCUUGAGCAUCCCAACCUCCAAGGGCACCAGAGGCUCUGGGGAAAGAUGCUCAUCAGACAGCUUUGCUACCAGGAUGGGACUGUCCAAAGAAAAAAGACAUCAUCUAGGACAACACUCAGUGGAAGUUAGGCCCCUAAAGCCAAUCCUACAGAAAGAAGGUAUAAGAUUAAGGCCUAAAAAGAAUAUAUCAGUAACGUUUGCUUUAGAUGAACCCAUGGAGGAAGGUGAAUGUUCUGGAGGAAACAAAACUCGGAACACUACUGAGCUUUGCUACAAUCAAAGUGAUGACUUGCAGCCCCCAGCUCCAAUUGUCAAUGAUCUUUUUGAAGAACCCAAGGCAAAAAAAAUACUGGAGACAUGGGACACAGAAGAGAUGUUACUGGAAAAUCCCUGUGAAGAAGCCUUUGGAUCCUGUGACUUUUAACAGAGUACAAAAGAGAAAAAUGGAGGGGAAAAAAAAAUCUCCUAUCAUUCCCUCAGUAAAUAGGCUCAUCUCUAAGAACCAUCAGGACUGCUCAGUUUUUUCAUUUCUA